UUAAACAUAUUGUGUUCGACGAUGAAUAAAACAUCAAUAAAAACAUCGUCGAACGGAGUUUGGCAAGGCGACAAUCCCUUAGAUUACGCAUUCCCGUUGCUAAUCGUCCAAACGAUUCUAAUCCUCUUCGUUUGCCGCUCACUCGCCUUCCUCUUCAAACCCCUCCACCAACCCAAAGUCAUCGCCGAAUUGAUGGGUGGUGUAUUACUUGGGCCGUCGGCUUUUGGUCGGAAUCAAGAAUACAUGCACAGAAUAUUCCCGGGAUGGAGUGCUCCGAUACUGGAAUCGGUAGCAAGUAUCGGGCUCGUCUUUUUCCUUUUCCUCGUCGGACUGGAACUCGACUUGAACUCCAUACGGCGGAGCGGCCGCCGCGCCUUUAUCAUUGCUGUCGCCGGAAUAUCGCUCACGUUCACAUUAGGCGUCGGAGUUUCGUAUAUCUUCCGUAAAACCGUCGACGGAGCUGAUAAAGUCGGGUACCCACAGUAUAUAGUUUUCAUGGGAGUUGCGCUUUCCAUCACAGCUUUCCCUGUACUCGCACGUAUACUAGCAGAGCUCAAGCUCCUAACCACAAGUGUUGGUGAAACUGCCAUGGCGAUAGCUGCCAUUAACGACGUCGUAGCUUGGAUUUCACUUGCCCUAGCUGUCGCUCUCGCAGGUAAUGGCGGGGACGGGCCGAGCAAAAGCCCGUUGAUUUCUAUAUGGGUUAUGUUAUCCGGUGUCGUUUUUGUUGCUUUCAUGGUGGUGGCGGUCAAGCCGGCCAUGAAUUGUGUGGCGCGGCGGUGGUCAUCGCAGCACGAGACGGGAGGCGAAGCAUACAUCUGCUUAACCCUCGGCGGGGUGUUGGUGGCGAGUUUCAUCACCGAUUUCAUCGGAAUACACGCGAUAUUCGGGGCGUUCGUAUUCGGGUUGACGGUACCGAAAGGCGGGGACUUCUCGGGGAGAUUGAUCGCGAGGAUCGAAGACUUCGUUUCAUGUUUGUUGCUGCCGCUGUACUUUGCUUCGAGCGGGUUGAAAACCGACGUGGCCAAAAUAAACGGCGCCGAGGCGUGGGGGUUGCUGGUGCUGGUUGUAACGGCGGCGUCUGCCGGAAAAAUCAUCGGAACUUUCACAGUGGCGAUGAUGUGCAAGAUUCCGGCGAGGGAGUCGAUAACGCUUGGGGUGCUGAUGAAUACCAAAGGGUUAGUGGAGCUGAUUGUUCUCAAUAUUGGCAAGGACAAGAAGGUUUUAAACGACGAGGCGUUUACUAUACUGGUCCUAAUGGCAAUCUUCACCACCUUCCUCACAACUCCAGCUGUCAUGGCCAUCUACAGACCCCCUCGCCGCUUCUCCGCCGCCACAGGCCGCCGCCGCCACUCCAUCUCCAACAAUUCCUCCGACGAACUCCGAAUUCUCGCCUGCAUCCACGGCCCAACCAACAUACCCUCUCUCGUCAAUUUCAUCGAGUCAACUCGCUCCACCACCAAAUCCUCCCGCCUCAAAGUAUACAUUACCCACCUGGUGGAACUCACCGAGCGAUCCUCCUCAAUUAUAAUGGUCAGGCGUUGGAGGAAAAACGGGUUCCCUUUUAUCCACCGCCUCCGCCAAGUCACCGAGUUAAGCAACCAAGUCGCCCUCGCUUUCCAGGCUUACAGCCAACUGGGUCGGGUCAUUAUCCGUAGUGCUAAGGCCAUAUCGUCAUUGGCAACAAUGCACGAAGAUAUAUGCCACGUGGCGGAGGAGAAGAUGGUUGCAAUGAUAGUGCUACCCUUCCACAAGCGGUGGAGGAAGAUCAACGACCAGGAUGAGGUGGAGAACGUGGGCCAGGGUUGGAGAGGAGUGAAUCGGAGGGUUUUGGAGGAGGCGCCAUGUUCGGUGGCGGUUUUGGUGGACCGUGGUUAUAGUGGCGGUGGUGCACCAGCGGUGCAAAACGUAUGUAUCCUGUUUUUCGGCGGGCCCGAUGAUUGGGAGGCAUUGGAGUUGGGUGGUAGGAUGGCGGAGCAUCCGGCGGUGAAGGUGGCGGUAAUAAGAAUGAUGACAUCAUCAUCAUCAUCAUAUAGCAAAGGGGAGAGCCAGAGUUUCAAUAAUACUGCAAUCACUAACAUGAGUCCUCUGGCUGAGAAGGAAAAUGAUGAGGUGGGUGAACUGGAAGAAUUCAUAAGUAGAAGGGAAGGCAGAAUGGAGUUGAUAGCGAAAGUUGCUGCUAACACUAUAGAAGAUGAAAUUUUGGCAAUUGGGAGAAGUGGAGACUAUAACUUGAUAAUCGUGGGCAAAGGCUUGUACCAGGUGGCACGAGUGGCUGAGCACUCGGAGCUGGGGCCCGCCGGAGACUUGUUGGCAUCGUCGGACAUAGGGAUUGUUUCUUCGGUGCUAGUGGUUCAAAAACAGUUAUUUUCACAGGCAAAAGUUCCGAAGAUCAAUAUGGAAGAGGAUGUGAUAGUGUGAAGGGGGUUAUGAAGUAUUUAUAAGUACAGUCUUGUGAGAAUGAAUCUAGAUUAAGGUUGUUGCUUGGCUGUGUUUUACUUGGAGCUAUGAAGAAAAGUGUGAUAAUUAGCAUGUGUUUCAGAAUGGAGAUGAAUUUCCAGUUCAAAUAAAUGGUGGAGUUUUUGUCA